UGCUGAAGACAGUGGAGGCACAUCGCAGCGCAGCGCUACUCUAACUAAAGAGGGAUCGAUCUCUGCGGUUUGAAUUAGCGAUCAUGAGCAGCACACAAUCUUACAGUCGCUUCAGUGAUGAAAACUACAAAAACUGGCUGAAAUCAACGGAGAGUCUUUACAUACUGAGGAGCCGCAUUCAGGGCUUCAUCGAAAAGGAAACCGAAACUUACCACAGUUCUCUUCGAAACAAACCUCAGCUCAAUAGACAGACCUGUGCGCUAAAGUGCGAACGUGCGAAUAAGCAUCUCUGCCGGUUGUGUGAACACUGGAAGAAGGAAAUCAUUGCCAAUCAUAAUGGGAAUGAGAAUCGUAUGUACUGGGACAACUGCCAGCCUCAUCUAUGGCCCACAGAUAAGUGGGAAGUUGCCAAAGCACAUAUGCCACGUGGGCAGACAAAACAUCGCAAGUUUGACCAGUUUGAUAUUGCUGCCAUCCUAAACUUAAUGAAUUUCUGUAAACAUUUCAAGAUCCCAGGACAAUGUGUGAGAGACGUAAUAACUGUACGGAACAAUGUAAUGCAUUCGCCUGACUUCAAAGUGAGCAAUGAGGAAAUGAAAAAGCAUCACAAAACGCUCCUGCAGCUGGCCGAGGAGCUUGAACCUCAUGUCCCAGAAAUGAAAGACUUGGAAAAGGAGAUAACGCAGUUUUACAACAUCUUGGACAAGAAUUUCAAUCAAGCCCCGUGUGAGGUAGAUGGCCAACAGGAAGAUCUCCAGACCGUGAAAGACCGCCAGAAUGUUCUGAACCGUGAGCAGCAGGCCAUGAAAGAUAGGAUUGAAGACUUUAUCUCACGCUUGGAGGGGAACCAAGAUGAAAAUGUCAAAGAAAAACCUCAGGACAUGAAGAGUCUCCUGGACUUCCUGGACCAAAACAAAGAUCUGCUGGAGAACCUAGGUCCUGAAGUUGACAAACUUAAAGAGAUGCAGGCAAAAGUAGAUCAACAUGAGGAGCAGAUCAACCACUUGACAGGAAGAGUGGACCAACUGGAGAAAGUGACACAUGCCACAGAUCCAGUGUUUCCUGGCAACCCACUUAAAUACAAAAAUCAUCUUUAUGAAUAUUGUCAGGCAAAGAAAUGGCCAGAGGACAAAUGUCCUGUUUUUACAGAGGAUCAAGAAGCCCAAGGUUACAGAGGUAAAGUGACAGUAAAUGGACAACGUUUCAUUGGCAAAAGUGUGUUUAACGAAAAAAAGGCCGCCCAUCAGGAGGUCGCAUUCAUUGCCCUCAAGCAGCUGAAAUUACAGCAAGAAAGCACAGAUGAACCGUCAAGCUCAGUCAUGCACUCUGAGGCCUCCUCUUCGUCUUCCUCAGGAAUCACUGUCUUUGGUAAAGUGACUGUGGAUCUCAGUCGAGAAGUUGCGUCUGAUAGAUGCUCUACAAAGGAAGAAGCGACUGAAGCAGCUUAUAAGGUUUUAUGGGAACGUUUUUGCAUUAGUGCUCCAAUAGAAGGUCAGACAUAUAAGUCAGUGACGAUGGAAUAUUUCAACACAAAUGGCUUCCCCAAACCAAUAGAAGAUUUUGAUGACAGCACAACCAUCUGCAAGCUCAAACUCGUCGGGCCUUUUACUUUUUGUGACAAAGAUGGCUCCACCAAGAAGAGACAGGCGGAGCAACAGGCAGCUAAAGUUGCUCUGCAGCAUCUGUCAGGGAUCCUCAACUCUCCUCCAAUAUUAGAUACUGAGAAGAACUUCAAAGGUGUUCUAAAAGAGCGUCUAGAGACACUGGGUCUCAAAAAUCCAGUUUAUGACACAGAUAAUAAAGCAGAGGUCAGUGCUGAACCCAUGUCCAUCGACAUCAGCUCGGACACGAUUACCUCUACAGUAUCCAUCAGUGAGGCCGAAGUGAAAGAUCAUUCAGAGUCUGAAAGCAUCUGCACAUCAGCACAGCUCCCAUCAUCCCAAGAGUCAGUCCUUGUUACUGUUCCUGUGCAGCCGGACCCUCCAGACUCUAGCUCUCCAGCCUCACAGAGGAAAAAGCCCAGGAUUGACUGUCCAGAAAUCAAUGAGCUGUUUAAUGUAUAUAAUCUCAAGCCACCACAAGUGAACAUGGAGAACAUAAAACAUGAUCAGAAUUUCAAAUGCACUGUGACAGUCAACCUGGAAAACUAUACUUAUGUCAACAAACAACAAGGUUACGACUCUAAGAGAGAAGCCACUCGAAAAGCCUACUUGUUAUUUGGCCGUGUGAUGGAAAUUUUGGAUCCUAGCUCAGACGAAAAGAAGUGCAUUGCGCUGGUGAAGCAGCACUUUUCUCAGAGGUCUCUUACUCUUCCUCAGGAAGAAGCUGAAGAAUCUGAAAAGUCAUUUUAUUGCUCACUAAAGAACAUAACUUACGAUGUGAAGUAUGACGGACAAGGAUCUUCAGAGGAUGAAGCCAAGUUAUGUGCUCUCCAGAACACCUUACGUUCACUAUCACCCCUCUUUGGUUAUCCUUCACUACCUGGAGCUGAUAGUGCCGAAGAGGUUCAGAAUCAGCUGAGCUCCAUGCUGAACAGGGCCGGUCAGAGAGAGCCUGUCAUUGACCUGAAGUCUGAGGAACGGGCCUCUAUCCAGCUGUCUUUCUGUGACUAUACGCUGAAGUGCACAUGUCAAAGCAACAAGAAAGCAGCUCGAAAUCAUCUCAGUGAACGCAUACUGGGUCUGCUGGGGGUAAAGACAGAAGCAGACAAUGCACCUUUGAGAAACUCUGUAGACGAGUGGUUCAAAAAGCAGAAUCUGCCACAGCCAGUGUUUGAGGACACAGUAGAGGCGCUUGGAGCAAAGGCUACUUUCUCUGCUCAGUUAACCUGCUGCAGUCCAGGCUGGGAAGACAGCUGGGAAACUGCAAAGUCGAAGCUGCUUCAAGAGCUCAAGUUCAGAUUUAGGUUUGUGGACGACAAAAACAAUUGAAAUUGAUUUCAGCUGGAAAAAAUUGGUCUCCAUGUCCUAGUCACCUACUCUACUGACUUGUCCUGGUGAAGAUUUUCAAACCUGGCUUGCAAUGUUAUCUAUUUUAAGGUGUUUAAUUUUCUUUCUCAAUACAAAUAUAGAUUUACAUUCUUAAAUGUACAUUUAUUUAUUAAAUUUUAAAUUUCCCUGGAAUUUAAAUCAAUGGCCAUGGCAUUGAAUGAAACUAGAUGUAUUUGAAAGAUUUAUAUCAGAGGUAUACCAACUAAACUCUUUUAACAUCAGAAGAAAAUUACAAAUCAACGAAAUGUAAUCGAAUGAAAAACCUGAAGUUUCGUUCAUUUUCCAAAAGGCACUGAUAUGGCACUGACUGAAAUUCCUUCAAAUUGAAUUGAGAUUCAGUUUCAGGGGUUUGUUGUCUUUGCUGGAAAACUAAUUUUAUUCUACUACUGUGCAUAUGAUUCAAUGAGAUGAGCUGAGCUACAUUAUUAACAGUUUGUUGAUCAAGUGAAUCUAUUCAUUCCACACUUGACUUGAGUCAUUUUACAGUUUCCAAACAGUUCAAAUGACAAAUAAAUGCAUACUUUGAAAGCGCU